CACAUUUGACCGGUGCGUGUCCGCCAUGGGAUGGCUUCCUCUGGUUCCGCUGCUGGUGGUGGAAGGCAAGCUGCCAGGUGACAAGCAGAUCUUGGUAGAGCCACAAGACGUCCUAGAUGCGGCCAACUGGCUCGUUCUUCAGGACCAGGUCCUGGACGUGGCUGCAGAUGAUUGCAAUUUCUGUUUUGCUCCGUCCACUGCUACUGAGAAGGAUUUGAUGCAGAUCCAGAGCUUCAACUGCCAGCGAGUCAGCAAGGCAGACAAGGACUACUCGCACUUGGCCGAGCUCUACGGACAGGCCGUGGAUGCCUCCUGGAAAUCGAGGGUGUCUGAAGCGACGGCGCUUUGCGACAAGGCGAAGCUGUCCAUCGACCCGGUGAGACGAGCAAACCUGGCAGCCUGCGCCUGGGGGCAGGUCCUGAUGAGGGAACGCGAGUGCUGCAACGUCCCUGGGCCACCAUACUGCAUCAGCAACAGCCAUUCAAAAGCCGCGCGAGUCGCCGUGCUAUUGAUGGCAUUUGUUGUCGCCUUCGGAGCCGUUUGCUUCGGCAAAUGUGGGCCAUGCUGUGACGGGUUCUUCGUGCCAAGCCUCGUUUUGUGCACUCCACCUGGGCCGCCCAAGGAGGAGGAAGACGAUGCCGAUACCGAAGCUGCACCAAGCGACGUGGCCAACGGCGCCCACGGUGCAGAAGCAACGCUCAAAGAGAAGCUGACGAAAACAUGGAAAGGCUGCGAAUGGGCGUGGACAACACGAGUUGACAGCUUGGGCCACUCUGUGCGGACUUUGGUGCAAGAGGAGUCGGCUGCCUUCCAAGCAGAACUUAAGCUCCUGGAAGACGUUUGGGUCACGCACUGCAGGAACUUUGACUUCCAGGAGGACUCGGUGCUGAAUCAGUUCGAACAUUUCCUGUCCCUCUGGCGCUCCCACUGUGCAGCCCUGGGAGGCCAGAUCCCUGAGGCUCCACAGUUUGGGUCCAAGUAUGGCCUGAUGGGACAUGGCUUGGAAGGUCUCUACAAGGAGUUGAUGUCUGGCUACCUGGCCUGGGAAGAUCAGUUGCAGCGAAGAAUAAGAAUUCGAGAACAGCCACUGUCAGGAAGCGACACCAACAAACGAUUCAAGGUCAUUGCCAUGUACUUGCUUGUUUGGGGCGAAGCAGGUAAUUUGCGCUUCAUGCCAGAGAUGAUCUGUUUGAUCACCUGGAUAUUGCUGCGUUCCGAUCCCAUAAAUCCCGUGGAUCCCGCCGCCGCACCCGAGUCGGGCGCGGUUUCAAGUUCGGGACCGCGUGGCCAGAGUAAGAAGUUCUUGGUGGAGAUUAUUCGCCCAAUAUACCAUGUGGUUUUCAAUGAACAUUACGAUCGGGUGGCCAUCAAAUACGACUGCAAGGACAACAAUAAGCCCCUGGACGACAAGAAGCUGCGGAAGGGAUAUGACACUUACCUUCCUGCCGACAGUGCCAACUAUGAUGACUGGAACGAGCUGGUCAUGGACAUCGAUCGUCUACUGGAGCCCUUGGGCUUCCUCCGCGACAUCCAACCAAACCGGCUCUAUGGGCAGUGCACUGGAACGAAGUACUUUGCAAUGCGAAGGUGA